AUGAAUAAUACAAGUAAAAAAGGGCAAAUACAUUUUAAUGGAUUUGUUAAAUAUUCUAAAAAAAAAAAGGGAAAAGAUAAUAAUAUAGAACGUAAAAGAAAUAUGAUAAAAAAAGAAAGCAUAAACACCAUAGAAGAGGAGAAAAGUUUAUACAAAAUGCCAAAAGAAAAGAAUAAAAUCAGUGAUCUGGUAGAAAAUAGAGAACAAAAACAACAAAAAAGUGAACAAAACUCUAUAACUUUAUCGGUUGAUAGCAAUGAAAAUUAUAUAAGUGAUUCUCAAAAUGAAAUAUUAGAAAACAGUUUUACUAAUGAAUUUAAAAAUACAGAUGGAUCUAUUAUUGAAAAUAUUAGUAAUUUAUAUGAAUUAAAUGAUACAAAUAUUCCAUUAAAUGAUGAAGAAAAUGAUAAAUUACAUACUUUUUCGGUUAAAUUAAAAAUGGAAAAGAAAAAAAAUAAUUUAACAAAUUUAAAAGAUUCUUCACCAAAAAAAAAGUGUAUUUUAAAGAAAAAUGAUUUAGAUAAUAGAAAAUUAUUGCUGAAUAAUAGCUACAGUAAUCCAUCAUAUUUACCUAACUAUGAUAAUUAUGGUAUUCAUGGGCCUUAUUAUCAAACUGUUUACAAAAGAGAUAAGAACAAAUUAAAAAGAGAAAAGUAUAAAAAAAAAUAUGAAUUGCCUACUAUAGCUUCAUUAGGAAAAGUAAAAAAAUUAGAAUAUUUAGACUUAAAAAUUAACGAAAAUUUAUUUAGUGAAAGGGCUAAAAUUGUCCUUAAUAAUUUAUCUGCUUAUUUAGGAAAUAAGUCCUUUCAUAAUGAUAUUGAAUCAGGUAACAAUUUAAAAAAAAAAAAUAAUAAAAUUAUAUAA